AUGCACCGCUUCUGGCGCCUCCUGAACCUCAGCGCACAGAACUCAGCGCCAGACCCUCCGGCUCCAGCGGUGGACCGGGCGCAGGCAGAGGCCACAGGUGCGGAGGGCGCGGAGUUCUGGCGCUGGCAGCUGGAGGCCAUCUACCGGAAGCGGAACCCGUACAAGCUGCACAAGGUGCCGGAACUGCUUGCCAGAUACAAAGGUGAGGAGGUGAUCCUCUACCUAAAAGUGUGCCUGGCCUAUGACCUGGAUCCCAGGCGCUUCUACGCCAACGGUCCCUGGCCGGAAGACGGGGACCCUGCCGCAGCUCCGAGCCGCCUGCGUUUCCUCCGCUUCCUGGGGCUCGAAGCAGAGAGCGAAGAGGCAGCCGCGUUGCCGCCACCCAGGCCCUUCGCCUUCAACUGCAACAGCGAACUCCCCGUUCGCCGGGCCAUGGGCCCGGUCUGCCCGGCCGGGGCGGCGACGAAGGAUGUCUCGAGACCGCCCUUCGCGCCGGGGCCUUCGGCGCCCCCGAGCUGGCGGCCUGUGGGGGGGCUGGAGCUCAAGCUUCCAGAAGAUCCGAUUCAGAAAGAGGAUCAGAGAAGCGGCCCUGGCAAGCCGGAGCCGCCCGUGGCGCGCAAUUCGGCGCCUUCGCGCCAGUGGAGGCCACCGCCGCGGGAGCUUCCGCCGCCGGAGACGCCGCCCAUGGUGCGGGGGAAGCCGCUGUGUGGCGCCAAGCGGAUUUUGCCCAUGGACCUGCCACCAGCCAAGCAAAGGAAGAUCGAGCCAUGCACGCCGCCAGCUGCCCGGCCUGCAGACACUCCGGCGGCUCCUACAAAAGUUGGGCGCCUGCCGCCUGAGCGCAGAAUUUGGCCGCCAUCCAAGGAAUGA